AUUUACUAAAUUUCUUCCUCAACAGGCCCAAGACCCCCAAAUGCUUGACCAGCUAUCAAAAAACAUCACAAGAUGUGGCUUAUCUAACUCUACGCUGAACUACCUCCGACUUUGUGUAAUCCUGGAGCCCAUGCAGGAGCUGAUGUCCAGGCACAAGACGUACAGUCUCAGCCCACGAGACUGCCUCAAAACCUGUCUGUUUCAGAAAUGGCAGCGGAUGGUGGCCCCACCAGCCGAGCCAGCGAGACAAGCCCCCAACAAGCGAAGGAAGCGAAAAAUGUCCGGCGGCAGCACGAUGAGUUCCGGAGGGGGCAACAACAACAACAACAGCAACAGUAAAAAGAAAAGUCCAGCCAGCAGUUUUGCGCUUUCCAGCCAGGUACCUGAUGUGAUGAUGGUGGGAGAGCCCACUCUGAUGGGAGGGGAGUUCGGGGACGAGGAUGAGCGGCUCAUCACGCGGCUGGAGAACACACAGUUUGAUGCGGCCAAUGGCAUCGACGACGAGGACAGUUUCAACAGUUCCCCCGCCCUGGGCACCAACAGCCCCUGGAACAGCAAAGCUCCCUCCAGCCAGGAGAGCAAAAAUGACAACCCCACCUCACAGUCAUCGCAGUAGAAGUGUUAGGGGCUAGCGAAAGGCUCGAGAAGCCGCUCGAGGACACCUCGCUCGCUUGCUCACACGAUCCGGUCCUUGUCUUCUGCCUUGACGAGUCCUCAAUUGGUCAGACGUGAAAUUGGCCCUCCUCAUCCUCCUCCUCCUCUGUCGCCAUCAGACAUUCCGUUUUGUUGAUUCUUUUGUUUCUUUGGGAGUCGUUUUCCAACACCGUCCGUUUCUGUGUCUCGAUCAGUCUUAGCGAUCAGGCUGUGGGUUAUUGUUCCAACCUCGGGUCUCUCUGUGCGUGCUGUGCUUUGACACGCAUGGCCGUUUCUGUUGUGCUCACUUGACAGGAAAGGAUCACUUUUUAUCUCACCGUUUAGUGAUAUGACCAUUGUGUGCACCUCAGAUUCAAACCCAAAGCUCCAUUUUUAAAAACUCAAUUAUUUGUUUUGUAGGACCUGGUUGGAACAAAAACCUGUACAGUUCCGGAGCUUGAGGACCGGAGUUGAGAACCACUACGUAAAGUCCUUUAAGUAAAACUAAAUAAAGUGUAAAGCAUCGAGGUUCUUGAGUUUGGUCAUGCCCGAAAUGGUCACUGAGAGCUUGCCUGACCAUUACGCCAGACUCAAAAGAAGUGUUUGAUUUUUUUUUUUUUUAAUUGUUUGCAUUCUGUUUAGUUUCUUGUUCUUUUUUAUUUUUUAUAACGAUUUCUAAAGUGAAAAAAUAAGCAAGCAAACAAAAACUCUAAAUAUCCUUUGCACUCGUCACUGUAUUUUGGAUCUAUUUUUCUUAAAAAAAUGAUUGAAGAAUUUUGUUCUUAUUAAAACAAAAAAUUGAUGAUCUUUAACUGGAAAACGCUGUCAAUCUCAGUGUAAAAUAAAAAAUUUUGUAUUGUUACUGUUAUCAAUAUUAUUGUAAGUAGAUGCUAAUUUGCUUUAAGCUUUACACCUAUCUGUCUUUGUUUCUGUUUUAAUCGUCUUUGAAAAUGAGAUUACAUGAUCAUAGCAUGUAUGUCUGGGAACUGCAUGUGUCAGACAUUAGCUAUCGCAGCUGUAACAGUCUCAUUGUUCGCAGGAUCUAAAUCCAACACUGUUAGUACAACGGCUGGUGACACAUUUUGUCCCGAGACCGUAGCUAUAAACAUUUUGUUUCCUGGAGAUUUUUAGCCUAUUGAAAAGAACAGGCCGAGCUCAAUGCCUGUCGUUCACACUGAUUAUUAGUUUGCUUUGAAAGUCUAGGGAAAAUAUCAAAUUAGUAAGCCAGUUAUUGUUUUUUUUUUACCCGAUGCUACAGACCAAGGAGCAAGAUCCUUUAAUCAACACAUUUAUAUAAUGUUUUUGUUUUUUUAUCAUUUUGUUUGUGUAUUUGUGAUUGUAUAUUUAAGAUUGUAGCCAAGUUCUGUAUAAGUGUAAUUCUAUUUACUCUUCUUAGGACCCUUGUGCCCUUCACCCCUUCAUAUGUCAAGUAAAACUGAACCUCUCAUUUCAAAUUGUUUCUAGAUGCAUUAAAGGUACAACUACCUUUUACACGAGAAGGUAGAUUAUAGUUUUUAAGUCAAUGUACAAUGUAUUUAUUUUUUUAAAGUCUUUGCCAUUGCAUUAUAUCGAGACAAUACAUGUUGCUGUGUAUUUGAUGUUGCCUUUGUACAUUUUCACUUGUUUUUUUUUUCCUCAACCUAAGAUGAUAUAUUAGUCCUUGAAUGAAUCCUUAAGAAUUCUUAUUAAAAUUUGGAUAAUUAAACAUAAAUCCUAAUUCCAAGAAGCCCCUUUGAGGUUACAUUGUAUUAGGUUUAAAAACACCAGAGGGCACUCCAUUGUAGGGCUUCCAUUGGCUUAUAAAAAUGGUCUAAGACCUAAACUAUGGUUAAAUAUAACCAUUCUAAGGCAUACAAAUCCGAAAUUCAUUUUUCUUCAAUGUCACUUGUGAAAUACAGUGUUGUUUCUGGUUUAUUUCUCAAAUCGGCCAUAAAGCAGGUGUGCUCUUUUCUGUGUUUUCAGAGCACCUUUGUUUGUGGUUGUUUUACAGAUAUAUUUUUGCCUCGUGUCUGCCAUUGAUAGUUGAUAUAUGGUACCAAUAAAACAUUUUCACAA